CACUGCCCAAUCACGCGCUAACGCGAGGUCGUCGCGUUUUACUAGGUAUGGUAUAUAGAGAAAGUGUUUCCCAUCUUUCGCGUACCCCACCACAAUAUACUUCUGAGAAAUACUCAAGUACACUCACGCGCGAUAUUAGAUUCAAUGAAAUUGAUCUGAGAACACAGAGAGGAAUUAUCCAAGAACACAGAGAGAAAUCAUCCAAGAACACAGAGAGAAAUCAUCCAAGAUGGGGCAGAGACACCAACUCUUUAUCAUCGCCAAAAUAAAUGGUCGGUAUCGUGGAUUAGCAGCCGUACACCACCGUAAGUUCUCUUCUCUACCUUCCCACAUAAUAAUCCGACUAUUCUCAUACCAACUAUCUUCUAGAAUGGCUCUAUGGUGAUGAUGCCCUCAAAAUCUGUCUCAAUAUACGCCAAAUCUUGCAAUCACCUGCCAACAGAAUCGCACUAUCGCACGAACUUCGCCAUGCAACUCAUCUCAGUAAAAAAGACUGGAAGCGAUAUGUUAAUUACAGCAACACUUCUAUGGACGACGUUCCAUUCCCAUUUAUUCUUACAUGUCUGGUUAUCGGGUCAGCUCUAGAUGUGAAGGAUAAUUAUUAUCAUGCUGUCGAUGAUCUUCCUUUCAAUCUCCCGUUUAAUGGAGGCGACAAUAAUGAUGGAAUUACCAUAUUCGAUAUUACAGAGUUGGAAAAAGUGCGCUAUUGCUUUGUCAAUUUCUCAGACUACUUCUACGAUGACGAGGUGGACGCAGAGCAAGCCAUACCACCUCCACCCAUGACUCCACUUACCGGGCCUCAAUAUCUUUGGGGAUACCGCAACAAAGAUGACCCUGCUGAGCAGGAGAAGUUUAAAGACUUGAUUGAAAGCUUUGAAACGGUGCCGUUGGUGGACUGCCGAGCUUUGUAUAGUGCAUGGCCUGAUCCUGAAUGGAUGACCCCGCUUUUGCGUGGUGAAAAGAUUGAAUGGGUCCUUGUUGAGGAGAUCCUUGAGGGUAAAUAUAGCUCGUUUGAUCUCUGACAUUUUAUUGUUGACGACAACAAUUGGAACCUUGGACUAAUUUUUACACCACAGAAGAAGAGCAUUCGACAAAUGAGGAAUCAAACGUCGGAACGGCUGAUUUCCCCAGCCUCCGAGCAUCCUCUCUUGCCAGGGUCUUGAACGUGAUAAUCGAAGGCACACCCUCCGAGCUCCCUCAAAUCAUCGAAAGCGCAUCGCUCCUCCCGGAUUUCUAUCCUACUGCCAAAUCAAAGCUGUAUGCUGAUCCUACUAUCGUGUCGAAUUUUGCCUCUGCACGUCGACUUUUGAGCACUAUACUCAAGAGCGAAUCUAUAAUUGACCUUGGACCUUUCGACCUGACAACCGAACAAAUAUUUGAAGUAUUGAAUGAAAGAUUAAACAACCCAACGGACGUGAUUGGUUUGAGCUUCUCUGGAAACGCCAACAUUACCGAAGAAUUUCUUGGGGAAAUUCUCGUCAAGUUUCCUAGACUCGAAUUCCUUUACCUCUUGAACACUCCACAAAUUCCUUUAAACAAGAAAAUCGAAUUGUUAAGAGGAACCACGGUUCAGUUUUAUGACACAGAGCUUCUCGCGCUGCCAUUUGUGAAUUUGAAUAAGCAGUGCGUUGAUACAUUGAACGAAAGCGAAGCUCCAGCACAUGGCCACAUCAAGCCAGUCGUGAGUCAGCUAAUUAUGUUCACUUGCUCCGAUGCAAGUAAGGUCCAGCGCGACAAUGAUGGAGGCAUUUGCAUCGAGUCUUGCUUCCCCAAUGGCGUGAUUAGGUCUUCUUUUAUGUCUCCUGAUCACACCUGCAUACCCUUUGGAGAGAUGGAUGUUCCGCCAUCUGCGUUCAUUGCAGGAAUUACGCAAUACAUUCAUUAUCUCAUGUCUAAGGAACCAUUUAUACGCAUUGACAUGGCGGACGCACUACAAAUCGCAAAGUAUUUAGCAAUACCCAAUGCGUCAUCCGAAGACAAUGAAAAUUCAUUGCGAGUUGGUGCCAUUCCCGGACACUUCCAGCGCCAGAAAAAGGACAAAUAUUCAAAGAUCAUGCCCGGUGAAUGGACUUUAGCGAUAAUUGGGGAAAUAUAUUGCGACCCCCCACCUGCCAAAAAUAUGCACACGAAAGUCCGAUAUGCUUUUGUGACCGUUGCUCCUCCCAUUAAUACUGAAGAUUCGACUUCGGAUUCUUAUGUUCCGGAAUUCAUCAUCGAGGAUUUCCGUGGCUUCCUUGACAGUACAAUCCCUGAUCCAGGAAGCCGGCAACAUAUUUUAGAAGGCUGGAAUAAGGCUGUAGCAUCGGACAAUUCACAUUUAACGCUUGAAUUGAGUGGAAGGCAAGAGGUUGAGUCACUGAUGCGUGCUCUUGUGUACCCUGUAAGUGAGGCUACGGAAUCGCGUCAUUCGGAGAAUGCAUCGAAUCCAACAACAGAUUGAAGCAUGAUGGUUAAUUUCGUUUAUUAGAGGAGAUAAAUUUGCUAUGUUAGAAAACGAUAGCUAUACAUCGAUCGAAAUUAGUCCGUACUUAAGUGCAUUGUGCAUGGUGGCUCUUCAUAGUUUAUAAGUUCCGUAUCUUGUUAGCCUUUCCCAUAAUGAGCCCAUUGAAAGAUACU